AUGAUUUAUAACAAAUAUAUCUUUAAAAAGAAUUUAGGACGUUUUUUUUUUGGUUUUUCUGUUCGGUUUGUCUCAGGAAGAGCGUUUAUUUUUGAAAAUCAUGGGAAUCCCUUAGAUGUUUUGCGUUUGCAUACUUAUAAUGUGUAUCCAACACCUUCCAAGCCGAUUCUUGUGAAAUUUCUAGCAUCACCAAUUAAUCCGUCUGAUAUUAAUCAAAUUGAAGGUGUUUAUCCAGAAAAACUUCAAUUUAAUACAAAUCUUAUGACAAAUACUCCAUGUGCGGUUCCAGGAAAUGAAGGUGUUGUUGAAAUUGUUGAAAGUUUGGAUCAAAACUUUAAACCAGGAAAGCGUGCUAUUAUGAAAAACAAAGCAUUUGGUACAUGGAGAACAUUUGCAGCUGCUGAUUUUGAUGAUCUUUUAUUUUUGGAUCUUGAAGGGAUUACGUUGAUACAAGCAGCUACACUAGUUGUUAAUCCAUGUACAGCGUAUUGUUUGCUUAAAAACUUCAUUUCACUUCAACAGGGAGAUUAUUUUAUUCAAAAUGGAGCAAAUAGUCAUGUCGGCCAAAUGGUUAUUCAACUUUCACGUAUUUGGGGAUUAAAAAGUAUCAAUAUUAUAAGAGAUAGACCUGACGUUGAUAAAUUGAAAUUGUAUUUGUACGAUAUAGGUGCUACGCAUGUCGUAACAGAUGUAGAGUUAGCCAAUAAAGAAUUUAUGAAAGAAAUGAUUAACAAGUGGACUGGGAAUUCUGGAGUAUCUUUAGGAUUAAAUUGUGUCGGAGGAAAAUCUGUUUUAGAUCUAUCACAUUAUAUAAAAGAAAACGGACAUUUGAUUACAUAUGGUGCAAUGUCACGUCAACCGCUUUUUAUGUCUUCUGGUUCACUUAUUUUUAAAAAUAUUCAUUUACAUGGGUUUUGGUUAACAAAAUACAUUAAAACUUAUCCAGAAAAAAAAUUGGAGAUUUUAAAUGAUAUUAUUAAAUACAUUAGAAAUGGAUCUUUUAGAGAAUUAUCAUGCGACCAAGUAUAUCUUGAUAAAACAUUAUCUGAUUCAAAAUAUAUGGAAACAUUUAAAAAUGCGUUGAAAAAUAAACAAAAAAAACAAGUUUUAAUCUUUAAUUAA